AUGGCGUUUGCACUGGAGCAAGCCUCAGUCUCGUUGAGUAUUGAGAUGUUAGGUCAUAAUCAAGCUCGUGGCAUUGACGAGCUUUGGGCGGGCAUAUCUGACAUCAAGGAGAGACGGAAGCUGCAGAACAGACUCAAUAGAAGAGCUUAUAGAAAGCGCCAGUCCGAGUUGAAGAGUCAAGGAAAGCAUGAAGCGGAAUCUUCAUCCACGGAUAGUACUAUGGGCCAUCGGACCAAGAGGCGCAAGAUCCCAGGUUCGCACGUGUUUUCGCUAGACGGCGAGCAAUCAAACCACAAGUCGGGACACAUCAUGCUCAGUGAACUUAUCAGGUCUUCGAAACUGUCGUUCCACAGCCCAGACUCGAAUGGGGAUAGGGCAUCAUAUGCCUCCCAGGAAACCAUGUUUCAGGAUCUCAACAUUGACGGACAGUACGAGGCGUUCCAAUCCACAAUUCAGCAGUCGCUGCUCAGCCCUGAGCAAUUCGACAAUCUCAUCAACCCCGCCGUGAACGAUGAUGAAUCCAACAGCGCACUUCUGGAGGCUCGUUUGAAUAGCACUAUCAACGCCGGCCCAUCUACUUACCUGGGAUCUGAUCACCUUAUAACUCUGAUCUAUUAUAACGUUUUCCGAGGACUGAGCAAGAAUAUCCAGGCACUGAAACUGGAUCUGAACUUGAUGCGUCGGAAAGAUUACCAGUCGCCCUUCAUAACAGGCGACUAUGAUUUGUCGACAUUGGCACCCGAUUUUCACCCUACCUUGAUACAGCGGACUUUCCCCCAUCAUCCUUGUUUUGACAUAUUCCCGGAUGCUGUUGUUCGGGACAAUGCAAUCAAGAAUUGGGCGACGGAUCUGCCAUAUGGCUACCUGUGCACAACCCUGGCUGGGAGAAGAAAUUGGCAUGAGAUAGAACUUCCAGCAAGACACAGCUGUGUCUUGUGGGGUGAUGCUGACAAUGCAGAUAAUUGGGAGGUCACUGAAGCCUUUGCAAGUCGUUGGCCUUAUCUUGUUCAGGGAGCAUACCGACUGGAAGCUGCAACGAACAAGUGGCGGGCACUCCGAGGGGAGCGACCGAUUUCGUUUGCAUGA